ACUCACUCAAAAAAAGAAAGAAAAAAGAAAAAAAAAGAUAAGCACCUUUAGUCUAUGAGGAAGGAUAUUCAGUUCUUAGAAUGUUAUGGUUUUUCUGCUUUUAGUCUUCACUAGCAUUGAAGAUUGAGUUUGAGCCCUUUUCAUAUUUUCAACAAAAGAAGGAAGAAUGAGAGUUCAGCAAAAGCUCAUUGCUUUACUCUUUCAAGCAACUCUUGUUUUCAUCUUGUUUUCACUUGUGAGUUCUUCCCAAGAGCACAAGGAACUUACAAGCACUCAUUCACGAAACAAAGAUGAUAAUCACGUUGAGAUGAAUCCAAGACUUCAGUUUGAGAUUACAUUACAUGGCUUUCUCCUGUGGGCUUCAAUGGGGUUCUUGAUGCCAGUUGGUAUACUUGCAAUUAGACUGUCAAACAGAGAGGAGAAUCCUAAAAGGCUUAGAAUUGUAUUCUAUGUUCAUGCAAUUUUGCAGAUGAUUGCUGUACUUCUUGCCACAGCAGGAGCAAUCAUGUCCAUAAAAAAUUUCAACAACCUCUUCAACAAUAGUCAUCAAAGAUUAGGGGUGGCACUAUAUGGUAUUAUCUGGCUACAAGUCCUUGUUGGCAUUUUUCGACCACAAAGGGGAUCAAAAAGAAGAAGUGUGUGGUUCUUUGCGCAUUGGAUACUUGGAACUGCUGUGUCAUUCUUGGGUGUCCUGAAUGUAUAUAUUGGUUUACGUGCCUACCAAGAAAAAACAUCAAAACGCAUAAGAAUUUGGAAUAUACUUUUCACUAUUCAGAUAUCUUUGAUUGUGUUUUUCUACCUUUUUCAAGAAAAAUGGGUCUACAUACAAAACCAAGGAGUGAUUUUAGGCAAUGAAAUAGUGACUCCAACUUGUCAAGAAGCUGAAAGGGAGAAGGUAUUGAAGGGGGACACUUGUUGAGGAAGAUGAACCAAUACCUUACUAUAAUUGACCCUGAUUUCUACAUAGGAUACAAGUGUUUAAAGCAUAUAGCGUACUGGAGAAUUUGAAUUUCAUUUAUAAGAUAAGAAAUAAUUUCUAGUGUUUUUUUGUCAGAAAAGGCACAGCCAUUCAAAGUUUGUACGUUACAUAUUUAGUGACUUAUAUGUUUUGUUUGGUUCAUAUAUGCAAAUUCAUGAACUUAU